AAUCGGUGCAAAAAAAAUAUUUGUGAAAAAAAAUAACAAAAAAGGCAAUCCUUUUAAAAAAAUUAAAAACAAAUAAAAAUACUACUAAUAAAAUUUGAUCCAAUUUCAUCAAAUAUUAUCACCAAAACAUACGGAAAUCAAAUAAAUCAAGAGAAGAGCAAACAUCGCCGAGAAGCAAAAAAAAAUGUGAAAGAAAGUCACAAAAAAAUAAAGAAGAAUUAAUUCCUUUCGUUUGUCUCAAGGCAAAAAUUAAUAAGAGAAGAGAUCGUAUAAAAACAAAGGUCAACAUCCUUUUUCCUCUCUUUCCUCGCUUUAACGACAUCCGAGAGUGAAGGCAAAAAAAAACAUUUUGAACCAUUUUUAUCAUCGUUUUCCUUCGCACUUAAUUCAUAUCCGUUUGCCUUUCACUUAAAUAAAUAAAUAAAAAUAAAACAAAACAACAACAACGACGCCAUAAACGGAAUCAACACUCGCCGAACGUGAAAAAAACGAAAGAAAGGAAAAAAAUCUGUAUGUAACUAAUUUCAUCAGGAUUUUAUUUAUUUUUCCCUUAUCUUUGUCCGUUUCGUCGUUGUUUGUAUUCGAAGAAAAAAUUUGUUUAUCAUUGUUUGCAUUGGAGUCUUCUAAUAAUAAAAUUCAAAUGGGCUCGUUGCUGCGUGCCCACAAAAUGAUAUCAUUGGUGAUUAAACAAAUUGAAAAAUACGGAAAUUCGCUCUUCCUCUAAAAAAAAAAAUAAAAAAAGGAUCAAAAAAUAAGAAAAAAGGAAAAAAAUAAAGAUUCAGUGUUAAUUUGUAUAAAAUUAAGAAAAAAAUAGAAAAAAAGGAAGAAAAAAUAAAUAAAUCAUUUUCACUUUUCCGUACCUAUCAUCUAAAAGUCAAGCGUAAUAGUAAAAAAAAAAAUAAUUUUGUGCGACUCGAAAAGAAAAAAAGAGAAAAACGCGUGUGCUAAAUAAAGUAAUGCUUUUCAUACGGCGACAUCAACUUAAUAUAUUCUAGCAAUGCCAAAACAGCAUCACCGCAACAAGUCAAGACUGGAUUACAUAAGCUUGGGUUGCUGUGUGCUAGCAUUUCUCUUAUAUGUAAAUACCCUGAAUGCGGGAUUCGUCUACGAUGAUAGACGCGCCAUUCUCGGAAAUCUCGACGUGAUUGGCAACAGAGCGUGGCAUCACAUCCUGCACGAUGAUUUUUGGGGUACGCCGCUCUCCGAUUCCGGAUCGCAUGGCAGUUAUCGGCCGUUGUGCGUUCUCACCUUCCGCCUUAACUACCUUCUCGGGGGCCUGAAGCCCAUCGGGUAUCAUGCCGUCAAUGUCUUCCUGCAUUGCAUCGCGACGUUGCUCGUGAUCCGCCUGGCUCGUCAAAUGUUGCCCCGCGGUCCGGCAACGACAAUUGCGGGCUUACUUUUCGCAACGCAUCCCGUUCAUACGGAAGCUGUGGCGGGCGUCGUGGGCAGAGCCGACAUUUUGGCGACAGUUUUUUACCUGCUGACGCUCCUGAUGUACAUCAAGCACGUGAAGAGUCGCGAACGCGGAGGUACUCAUGCCUUGGAACAUUUUGCGACGUUGAUGGCGACAAUUGUCGCAGCAGUAGCUGCUAUUUUGUGUAAGGAGACUGCAGUGACGGCGCUUUUGGUGUGCGGCAUUUAUGACGUUAUUCGGGGAUUAACGGGCACGAGAGAUAAGGCACGUUAUCGAAGUUUGACGAUCCUCGCGAUAGCUUUCGCCAUCACAGUUCACUUCCGCUUGUCGCUGCCUCAACCGAAACAGGACUUUUCUACCGCCGAUAAUCCAACUGCCAAAAGCAACUCGCUCUGGACCAGAUUUUUCACCUUUGCCUACUUACCGGUGUUCAAUUUCAAGCUCUUGCUGUAUCCCUCGAAGCUCAGUUUCGACUGGGGCAUGGAUGCGAUCCCGCGUAUCACGUCUCCCUUUGAUUCGCGAAACUUUCUCUCCUGUCUUUUCUACGCCAUUUUACUGCGAACGAUCUGGUCUUGUAUCGCGGCAUUAAAACGCGAAAUGCCGACAGUUACACAGCUCAGAAUGAGUCGCGCUGUCAAGAAACGAAGUCAACAACUCUGGUUGCAACAACAGCAGCAGUACACGAUGCAAUCUUUGCAUCAUCCAGUCGUCAACGAAGAUUGUGUCUGUACCAUUUGUAAACACAGCCAAAUGGUAAGACAUUCGAGUUCAUGUCGUGCGAUAAAUAACAACAACGUACCGCAAGUAGCAUGUGGAUGUAGUACCUCAGCCGAUAUCUUACCGAAUUUCAACAAAGUCGCUCAUUCGACGCCAAGUACAAGUCGCGAUAGCAGCAGUAGUGCGUACGAAAGCGAAGAACGUCACAAAGGUGCUCCGCGGAUGAGUAGUUCUGCGGUUAUUUUGGUGUCACUUGCACUCAUAGCAUUGCCUUUUCUGCCCGCGACAAAUAUCUUCUUCUACGUGGGCUUUGUCGUAGCUGAGCGAAUCUUGUAUCUGCCCAGUGUUGGAUAUUGUCUUCUUGUCGCGAUGGGAUUCAGUAAACUCAUUGGCACAAUCGAUCAACCUUCUUCCUCAUCUUCCACGGCGUCGUCGUCGAAGCAAAAGCAUCAUCACCAUCAUCAACAAAAAUACAUUAGUGCAAAUCAGAAAAAUAAUAAUAUUAUGGUGCUGAAAACUCUCAACAAUAACAACAACAAAAUUAAUCAUAAUAGUGCUAAUCAUAACAAUAACAUGAAUAAUAAAAUACUUAUCAGUUGUAUUUGUAUCAUAGUAAUUGUGUAUAGUGUAAGAACAAUUGAUAGAAACUUUGACUGGCGGAGUGAGGAAAGUCUCUACAGGAGUGCCAUUGGAAUUAAUCCGCCUAAGGCACUUGGAAAUUUGGGAAGUGUCCUUAGUAGCCAAGGUCGAUACAAUGAAGCGAAAGUCGCGCUAAUGGAAGCGCUCAAAUAUCGACCCAACAUGGCGGAUGUACAUUAUAACUUAGGUAUUUUAUUACAAAAUCAACAAGACUAUAAAGGAGCAGUAGAUAGUUUUCAGAAGGCAAUUCAUUUCAGGCCGUCACUAGCAUUGGCCUACUUAAAUUUGGGUACAUCACUAAUAGCCUUAGGACGUUGUCAGGAAGCGGCAAAUGUGUUGCGUGACGGUUCGAGUCUCGAUGGCACCGGAUUACGAGAUCGUACGGCGCACGAUAACGCUCGCAUCGCCUCGCUGCUCCAACUGGGCGGCCUGUAUGCCGAACAGGGCAAACUCCAACGUGCAUUAGCCGUUUAUCGAGAGGCAUUACACAAUCUACCUGAAAGUUAUCCGCCACAAGGCAUCUAUCAUCGUUUGGGUGACGUCUUGGCAAAAUUACAUCAAUGGUCCGAAGCUGAAAGGUUUCAACUUGCCACACUCGAUGCUCAGCCCGAUCAUUUGGGAGCGCAUAUCAGUUACGGCAAAAUGCUCGCACGAAAUAACAGCAGAAUUAGUGAAGCGGAACAUUGGUUCAAACGUGCCCUUAAAUUAGCUCCGAACGAUGCCAGUGUACAUCAUCAUUACGCUGAAUUCCUGCAUUCCCUCAAUCGCAUCGAGGAAGCGUGUCAAAGUCGCAUCAAAGCAGCUGAGCUGAGUCCGAACGAUUAUUCGCUCGUUGUGGCAGCUGCUACCUCCCUAAGACUGCUAGAUCGUAAGACGGAAGCGGAAAAAUGGUAUCGACUUGCGGUACUGCUGCGCCCCAACGAUGCCCGAGCGCACACAAAUCUCGGCGCCAUUUUGCAUUUAAUGGGACGCGGCAAACAAGCAACGGCGAGUUAUAAAGAAGCUCUUCGACUGCAGCCAGGCGAUCCAACGACAAUGGCAAACUUGGCAAAGUUAAGUACGAGCGCGUAGAAAAAAAUUGUAAAUAAAAUGAGCUUUGCAUAAGGAAUUUAUAUAAAAAAAAAUAAAUGAAUUAAAAAAAAAAUAAACACAAAAUAAAUAUAAUUAAAAAAUAAACAACUGAUUAAAAAUAACAAUAUUAUAAAGAAAAUAAACUUCAAGAGUAUCCUUCAAGUUGAGGGAAAGACUAAGAAAAAAAAACAAAUAACAUUAAAAGUAAUUGGAAUCCUGUACAGAUUUAUAAAGAAAAAAGGAUAAAAAUAAAAUAAAAAGAGUAUUAACUCAACGGACAAAU